CCUGCCCACGAUGACUGUCCACAUCCUCAUCCUGCUGUUGCUCCUCGCCUUCUCCGCCCAAGGGGACCCGGACACUGCAGCCAGGCGAGGCCAGCACCAGGUCCCCCAGAACCGCCGGCACGUCUGCUACCUGGGCGUAUGCCGGACCCACCGCCUGGCGGAGAUCAUACACUGGAUUCGCUGCCUCCACCAAGGAGCCCUCGGGGAAGGCCAGCCGCGAGCCCCAGGACCCCUACAGCUAUGGGCGGCGCGAGGCGGAAGCCCGGCUCGGUUCCCAGGAUUCCAGCUUGCAGCGAAGGGGCUAGCGCAGUGCCCAGCUCGCUGGGUGACCUCGGGCACGGCUCGUCCCCUCCUCGGCUUCAGUUUGCCUAUCUAUAUAUUGGAGCUUCUACCCCACAUUUCUUCUCCCCUAACUCCAGCCCCUGAAACCGUCUUCCCCAGUCCCUCCCCGGGCUUGGACCUAGAAGCACACGGGACCAGGCUGGACGAAGAACACUGACGCCCAGAGCCAAAUAAACAAGAGUUCUGUGUGUCA